CGUUCCCUGGCGCAGCUCCGCCUGGCUGUCGGGACUAGGCGCUCCAGGAACCCUGGUCCACCUGAACGCCUGUUGCUCCGUGGAGCAGGAGCCCGCGUGCACUGGAGACCAUGGAUAAAUACGACGUGAUUAAAGUCGUGGGCGAAGGUGCCUUUGGGAAAGUGUACUUGGCCAAAGGGAGACUGGACAGCAAGCCCUGUGUCAUAAAAGAGAUCAAUUGUGCAAAGAUGCCCGUCCACGAAAAAGAAGCCUCCAGGAAAGAAGUCACCCUUCUGGCGAAGAUGAAACAUCCUAACAUUGUAACCUUCUUCAGUUCGUUUCAAGAGAACGACAGGCUGUUCAUCGUGAUGGAGUACUGUGCCGGAGGGGACCUCAUGGGAAGGAUCAGCAGGCAGCGGGGGGUGCUGUUCAGUGAAGACCAGAUUCUGAGCUGGUUCGUGCAGAUUUCUCUGGGACUAAAACACAUUCAUGACAGGAAGGUCUUACACCGGGACAUAAAGACACAGAACAUCUUCCUUAGCAAGAAUGGAAUGGUCGCAAAGCUUGGGGAUUUUGGUAUAGCGAGAGUCCUGAACAAUUCUAUGGAACUUGCCCAGACUUGUGUUGGAACACCUUACUACCUAUCUCCAGAGAUCUGCCAGAACAAAGCCUACAACAAUAAAACGGACAUUUGGUCUCUUGGCUGCGUUUUAUACGAGCUCUGCACACUCAGGCAUCCUUUCGAGGCUCACAACCUGCACCAGCUGGUGCUGAGGAUUUGUCGGGCGCAUGUGGCCCCGGUCUCGCCUUGGUUUUCUCCUGACCUCCAGGCCCUGAUAUCACAGCUCUUUCAAGUGUCUCCCCGAGACCGGCCAUCUAUUAAUUCCAUUUUGAAAAGGCCCUUUUUAGAGAAUCUCAUUGCCAAGUAUGCGACUCUUGAGGUCCUUCAGGAAGAGCUCAGUCACCCCCUCACACACCGAGCAAGACCACCAGCGUCUCACUCUGCUGGGGAGAUGGUGCAAGAUUCUAAAAUCCAGAAAGUGAAAUUCCAGGGAAAGUGCUCCCCGAGAGCAAGAAUAUCAGUGCCAAAGAAAAGGAAGGAGAGCAUCUAUAGAAAGGAAUGGAGACCACCAGCCGGAGCCCCAAAGCCCCUAUUUGUAAAAAUGAUAGACAGGCCCCAGCCUGCUGACGUGUGUGGCCAUUAUGGUUAUUACUAUGCUCGACUCGACUUGCUGAGGAAGAGAGACCACGAACUGGGUUGCCACCAGGUGCCUCAGAAAGAGCCUGGAAUUAAGGGGAAUUGUCACCAGGAAGAAAGCCACCAUCCAUCCCCAGGUCAAUGGCCUGCUGAACUCCUUCAGAGGAAACUUGAAGCUCAGCAAUAUAAGUUGAAAGUAGAAAAGCAACUGGGUCUGCGUCCAUCGUCUGCUGAGCGAAAUCCCCACAGGACACAAGAGCUAAGAAGCCCUGGAGAAGACCUUGGACCCCGGGAGCCGCCGUCCCGGAGAAACAGAGCAAAGGAGCAGGAAUACUGGAUGCAGUUCGAGGACAUCCGCCAGCAGUACCACAACGACAUGAAGGAAAUCCGAAAGAAGAUGGGGAGUGAGCUGGAGGACGACUCGAAGAUGAGUCAUAAAACCUAUGUGGUGAAGAGGAGUGGCCUGCCCAUCCUCCUUGGCGCACCCGAGGAAGGCGCACCUGAGGAAGACACACCUGCGCAGGGUGUUGAGAGAGACUUGAAACAAAUGAGACUUCAGAACAUGAAGGAGAGUGAACUUCCGGCACAAAACUAUGAAGCGAAGAAAGGAGUAAAGUUUGAAAUAAAUUUAGACAAAUGUAUUUCAGAUGCAAAUACUCUCAAAGAAGAAGAGGCCGUGGACACACCAAAUGAAACUUUGACCUGUGAGGACGGCAUGAAUUUGGGGGAAAACAAAAGCACGACGGAGCGAGAGGCAGCCUCUGAAAAACCCCGCUGCUCAGAUGCAGAGCUGUUCGUGCAGGAUGCUGCUGCUGCUGCAGGGAACAGGAGACGGUGGGAGGCUGGAGCCCCCCGGACUCUGCUGCAGAUGAUGGCGGGGGCCGACCUCACCUCCCCCGGCUGCACCAGGCCUGAGGAUGGCCAAGCGCUGGUGAUCGAGGGCGGUCCAGAAAGUCGGAAGCAGUGGCGGCGAGAAGCUCCGGGAACUUUAAUGAGUGUUUGGGCAGCAGCCCAGCUAACGAGUAGCUCAUUUUCUGCCAGUGAAGGAGAGUCUGCAGCGGGAACAUCAGAACAGAAGCUUCCUAAAGAAAAUGCGCAGAAGGUGGAAAUGGCGGCUGGCCUUGAAGUGGACGGGGACCAACUGGAACCGAGAUCUGAUGAUGAUGAUACAAAUUUUGAAGAAUCUGAAGACGAGUUGAGAAAUGAAAUAGUAGAAUCCCUGGAGAAACUCACUGCUUCUGAAGAGGACAGGGAGGAGGAGGCUCCCGGAUUCUCUGCGGACACUGACAACGCAGGACAGGGGGGCAGCGCGUGCAGAAAUGCGCAAGAACCACAGGAAGGCGUGGAGGCCGUUUCAUCCAAUGGGAAAAUCCUUAUUGUUGAUGAAGACCAAGGAACACUGACCACCAGUCAAAAUAUGCAAGUGUGAUUAUUGGCUUGGUUUUUUUCUGAAGCCACACAUUAGUAUCUUGCCAACACACGAAACAUUCAAACCUGUAGAGAAUUUUUGUGAGUUUAUUUGAGCCGAACUGACAACCGUUGCCGGGAAGCAGUAUCUCAACAAAUUGAGAAAUGCCCCGGGGAAUGGCAGUUUAGCACCUUAUUUUAUACCUUAGAAUCAAAACAGGAAGUGUAAAGGGGUUACAAGAAAUCCAUUGGUGGUAGAUUAGGGAGGCGGGAGAAAGCCAAGGCGUGGGGGUGGGGGGAACCUCUGGGAUUGGAUAAAAAGUAAAAUGAUAGACACUUCUACCCAGGUGGGCACAGGAGAGUUAACAGUCAACAAUUAACACGAUAAUGGUAUCAAUGAGGAGAUCUGUGGUCUCCCCCUGGUGUGGAGCCUGUGCUCAGAAGGGUCUGGAGAAAGGAAAUCUGACAUCGCAAAGGUAUGUUAUCGUCCAUGCAACAAGACAGUAGAUGGGCUCAGUUAAGGUAAAGACUGACCUUUGUCAGGGGAAACAUACCGGCCGAGGAGGCGAGUGCCUGCCACGGACUGCUUUUAGUUAGAAAGUCUGAAUUCAUACCAUCCUGGGUGGUUACUUUAGGUCUCUGCGUUCGUAAGGCCGCCACACAGGCCUCCCCUGACCCGGCAGGCUUUGCAUGCAGCCCCUUUUCACCCACAUGCCUUUUUUUGUCCAUAUAGUGUCUGUUUGGGUACAAGUCAUAAAUACUUGUUUAUUGUAAGGCUUUUCCAGUAAUCCAAAGGACUUCCUAAUUUUCCUCUCUAAAUUUAGACAAUAGAACUAAUGUUGGGCAUUGAAAGUAUUGCGUUCACCUUGAAACUUAAGAAACUCUUCAGAUAAUGUGUUA